ACAAAAUUUGUUAGUUUGUUCAGAAAUGGAAAAUGCUGAAGCCAGCCCUCUCAAAAGAUCCCCUCGGGGUUUGGAUGAAAACUCGGAGGAAGAAUACUCUUCUCUGUCUACUCUACUCCAACAUUUUGCUAGCAUCCCUACCGUUGACAAAGCAUGGACUUUCAAAUCUACCAGUGGUUCCCAGUGUAUGUUCUCAAUCAGCCAGCCAAAUCUACUGGCCAACCAAAACAGGAGAUACAUAUUAUCUAGUCAUAUUUCGAAGGGAAGUCCAAAUGGUGUAAUCUUUGAGUGGGCUGCCUUCCCUAUUGAGAUGCCUAGUGGGUCUAUAAUGGUUCCAUCACCUUCAGGGUCAAAACUUCUUGUUGUUAGAAAUCUUGAAAAAGGUUCUACAACCACAUUCGAGAUUUGGGGUCCAUCUCGAGUCGAAAAGGAGUUCCAUGUCUCGUCCUCUGUCCAUGGCUCUGUAUAUUCAGAUGGAUGGUUUGAGGGAAUUUCAUGGAAUGAUGAUGAAACCUUUGUUGCAUACGUCGCUGAGGAGCAAGCUCCCUCUAAACCCGUGUUCACGAAUUCAGGCUACAAGAAAGGGAGUUCUUCAGACAUGGAAUGUGGUAGCUGGAAAGGUCAAGGGGAUUGGGAAGAGGACUGGGGUGAAACCUACCCUAGAAAAAGAGAACCUGCAAUUUUCGUUAUCAAUGUUAACAGUGGAGAAGUACAUCCUGUUGAAGGAACAAAUAAGCUUAGUGUUGGACAAGUUGUAUGGGCUCCAGCUUCUAGAGGCUUGCAGCAAUAUCUGGUUUUCGUUGGGUGGCCAUCGGAUACUAGAAAGUUGGGCAUUAAGUAUUGCUAUAACAGGCCGUGUGCCUUGUAUUCUGUUAGAGCUCCAUUUUCAAAAUCAAAAGAUCGUGAACCCGGAAAAAAUGCAAUCGAAGAAGCAUCUCCAGUUAAGCUGACACAAAGAAUAAGUAGUGCGUUCUUUCCUCGUUUCAGCCCCGAUGGAAAGGCCCUUAUGUUUUUGUCUGCAAAAAGUUCUGUAGACUCUUGGGCGCAUUCUGCAACUCAAUCACUUCAUAGAAUUGAUUGGUCCAUAGAUGGAAAGCCCACUGCAGAUGCUGACAUUGUUGACGUGGUUCCUGUUGUAAUGUGUCCUGACGAUGGAUGUUUCCCUGGCCUCUAUAGUGUUAAGUUUCUGAGUAAAUCUUGGCUUUCUGAUGGAUCUACCAUGAUUUUAUCUUCUGUAUGGGGCAGCACUGAAGUAAUACUUUUAGUGAACAUGUUGAGUGGAAAGGUGUCACGCAUUAGCCCUGGAAACUCUAGCUUCUCUUGGACCUUGCUUGCACUAGACAGUGAUAACAUCAUUGCUGUCAGUAGCAGUCCCUCCGAUGUUCCUGAAAUCAAGUACGGUAGCAUUGUUGGAAAUUCAUCUGCAGAGGCCUUAGCAAGUUGGCAAGAUAUUUCAAGCCCCAUAUAUAGAUGCUCUGAAAAGGUCAUUUCUCUACUGUCAUCCCGCCAAUCUAGUAUUAUCAAAAUUCCAGUCAGGGAUAUCUCUGAGAACCUUACUGCAGGUGCCAACAAGCCGUAUGAGUCUAUCUUUGUAUCCUCCAAGUGUAAGAGCCAUGAUCUGUGUGAUCCGCUAAUUGUAGUCCUUCAUGGGGGUCCUCACUUCAUUUCAUUGUCAAGCUUUUCGAAAUCCUUAGCUUUCCUUUCCUCAAUUGGUUAUAGCUUGUUGAUUGUUAAUUACAGAGGCUCCUUGGGUUUUGGUGAGGAAGCACUGCAAUCUCUUCCGGGAAAAAUUGGAUCGCAGGAUGUUAAUGAUGUACUAGCUGCUAUAGAUCAUGUCAUAGAUAUGGGACUUGCAGAUCCAUCUAAAAUAACUGUCCUCGGUGGUUCCCAUGGUGGAUUCCUGACAACACACUUGAUUGGCCAGGCACCCGAUAAGUUUGCUGCAGCAGCUACUAGGAACCCUGUCUGCAGCCUUCCUUUGAUGGUUGGAACAGCUGAUAUCCCUGAUUGGUGCUAUGCAGAGACGUUUGGACAUCUCGGAAAAUCAAUGUAUACUGAAGCCCCAUCGUCUGAACACCUUGUUGUCUUUCACAGCAAAUCACCAAUAGCACACAUCUCCAAGGUCAAAACUCCUAUACUCUUCUUGCUAGGUGCCAAGGACCUCCGUGUACCAAUAUGUACCGGCUUGCAAUAUGCACGUGCAUUGAAGGAGAAAGGAACUGAGGUCAAGGUGCUGGUGUUUCCAGAGGACAAUCACGCAAUUGAUAGGCCACAGUCUGAUUUCGAAAGCUUUCUUAAUAUUGGAAUGUGGUUCAAGAAGCACUGCAAAUAGACAUAUAUGAUUCAUUUCUUGUUCUCCUCAAGAAGAACGACGAUUAUCCUCCUUCUGUGUUCAUGUUCAAGCUCUCAUCUGAAUUGAAGAUAUGAACUUUCUAAAUAUGUCACCUAAGGAAUUGCCAAUAAACAGUUCCUAUGUUGUACAAUUCAAUAAAUCAUCAAAAAGGAGUUUAUCUUUGAAUUUUUGUGUAGCAGCUUGUUUCAAAAGUAUUGGUCAUAUGCAAGAACAAAUUGCAUAAAUUCCCAACUGUGUAAUCAACUGCAGAAUACUAUCCCCUCUGUAUCAA